CAGCGCACAUCUCACAUUCACACACAGAGGAGCUAUAGUGAGAUACCGGCAAGAUGUGGAGGAUAGUGGCGUGUUUACUCAUGAUGUCCAGUCAUGUAUCAUCUCAUAACAAGAUCUUUGGGGAGGAACAAGUCCGAAUGACAUCAGAGGGCUCUGACUGCCGCUGUAAGUGUAUCAUGCGACCUUUGACUCGGGAUGCAUGUGCUCGCUUGCGAACAGGAAGUGUGCGUGUGGAGGAUUUUUACACGGUGGAGACGGUGAGUUCCGGAGCCGACUGUAAAUGUUCCUGCACGGCUCCACCCUCCUCGCUCAACCCCUGCGAGAACGAAUGGAAGAUGGAGAAACUUAAGAAACAGGCACCAGAACUGCUCAAGCUGCAGUCCAUGGUGGACCUUCUGGAGGGAACUCUCUUUAGUAUGGACCUGCUUAAAGUUCAUUCAUACAUUAACAAGGUGGUUUCACAAAUGAACAACCUGGAAGAGAUGAUUAAGAUGAAUCUCUCUCGGGAAAAUGACUUUGUGAGAGACAGUGUGGCGACUCUGACCAAUCAGCUUCGCCAGUACGAGAACCAUUCUGACAUCAUGAUGAGCAUAAAGAAGGAACUGUCCAAUCUGGGCCUUCAGUUGCUAAAAAAAGACUCCACCCCCUCGGGUCCUAACAACAAAGCACAGGAAACAAUAAGGACAAAUAUCAAAGAUGCUUCCAAGAUUCCAACAAAGAAACCAGAGAAAGUGAAGCCUCCACCUAAACCAGUGAAGGAAAAGCCAGCAAAACCAAAGAAAGAGACCACUAAACCCAGUAAACCAGAUCAAAUUGAACUGUCUGGUAAAACCAAACCAUCACAGAACCAGCCAGGAGUCAUCCGGGGCAUCACGUACUACAAAGUGACCAUAACUGAUGAGUCGGGCAAUCAAAAUAGCAGAGGUGAAGAAAAGCCUGAUGAAAUCGACACAUUGCUGGAGGUAGAGGAAAGUACCACACCUGUGGUGACCACAGCAACAGAGACUACCACGGCAACCGUACCCACAACAACAACAACCACUGCUGCCACAACAACAACAACCCAGAGCACAACAACUAGCAGAACAAUAUAUAGAGAGGAGAGACCGGCCCCAACUAUUGCACUAGUGCUGGAUAAUACAAGCAAUAACACAUACUUUGCAGUGAAAGAGCAGAGCUGUGAAGGGACACUGGCUUCAGUAGAUUUGCCGGUCAAACAGCACAGUUACGGCAGGAACGAGGGGGCGUGGAUGAAGGAUCCCAUCGCCAAGGAUUCCAAGAUUUAUGUCACCAACUAUUACUAUGGCAACAACCUUGUGGAAUUCCGGAACUUGGACAACUUCAAACAGGGUCGCUGGAGUAAUCUGUACAAACUCCCCUACAAUUGGAUAGGAACGGGUCAUGUUGUUUACAGAGGAGGGUUUUACUAUAACCGUGCCUUCACUAAGAACAUUAUUAAAUAUAAUCUCAAGCAACGAUACGUAGCAGCCUGGUCUCAACUGCAUGAUGUGGUCUACGAAGACACCACACCUUGGAAAUGGAAAGGCCAUUCUGAUAUUGACUUUGCUGUAGAUGAGAGCGGUCUUUGGGUCAUUUACCCAUCUGUUGACUAUGACUACAUUCAGGCUGAGGUCAUUGUAAUCAGUAAACUAGAUCCUAACGACCUGUCGGUCAAAAAAGAGACAACAUGGAGGACGAGACUGAGGCGAAAUUCGUUUGGGAACUGCUUCAUAGUAUGUGGUGUCCUAUACGCAGUGGACGUUUACAAUAAGAGGGAAGGGGAGAUUUCAUACGCAUACGAUACGCUUACAGGGGCCGAGGCAUCUCCACGGUUACCUUUUAUUAAUGAAUAUGGGUUAACGACACAAGUUGAUUAUAACCCUAAGGAGAAGGUUCUGUAUGCUUGGGACAAUGGGCACCAACUCACUUACAACAUCAAUUUCAUAGAGCAAGAAGAGAAAUUAACUUACUAAGAUGGCUGCUGGACUUUAAUUGCUAUCAAUCCAAUUUUACUCUGCGCUCCAAUGACACAAAAGCCACUUCUUAUGUAUUUGGUCAAGAAUGCCUCAUUGGUUCCUUUGACAAAGACCUUGAUCUAACAGCUCAUCGUGUCCUCAUGAGCACAAAGGUAUUACAUAACAUUCAGUAGUUGAGUGCUGCUCUAAAGUUCUAGAAUUCACUGCCAGUUCUAGAAUUCGAACAAAUGGAAUGCCCCUUUCACACAUUUUGAGUCAACAUUCCGCAAUGCAUUGAAAUCAGGCUACAGCAUUACCCCUGGUGCCAUGUUAAGGUCAACUGUUGUAACAUGACACUCAAAGUUUAAACAAUUUCAACUUUGCCCAUGUUUGUCACUGAACAUUCAAAGCACAGUCAAAACGCUAAAAGUUCAAACUGUUUAAAUUUUGACCCAAUUUGCAGCUGUCCUUUUCUAAAUGCAGCCAAGGAUUACCAGACAAUUCGCAUGACAUAUUAUGUCACAAUGUCAAAGGUAUAGCUUUUCAAACAUUGAGUUACUUGUUGAGUAGUGCGAUAAAUCCUUGAUGCGUUUUGUUUGAAAGGGGAUAAAAGACCCCAUGUAAUUGCUUACGGUCCAACAUAGUCUCAUGAAAACUUGUAAUAAUUUGUACAAGAUGGUGAAAUUGUAAGAUAUUGCAUGACUUGGCUUGUACAAAAAGGUAUGGCUUUUUUUUUCCCCCAACUAAAUUUCAAAUCAGUAUACAAAAAUAUAUAAUAUAAAUAUAUAUACAUUUUAGCUAGCCUUCUAUCCAACACUUUAUUUGAAGAUGGGAAACAUCAGUGGACAAAUUUGGUUUCUCAUUCCAUAUUUAUUUAUGCAAUACAAAUGACUGAGAGGUCUUUAUAACCUGUAGCACGCUUCCUUCGUAUCGUUCCAAACCCUAAUGUUUUCUUUCUUCAUGGAAACUGCAUCCUUGAGUUGCCCAAGCAGUUUAAGAGUUUUAUGACUGCUUCCUCUGAUGCACCUGCUCCCCUCUAGUAUCUCUGGAAAUAAAUAAAAGUUUGUUGUAAUCACUUACAAAGUCAUUUCAACCACAGCAAUAACAUAACACAAGUAUGCUUCAUGUACCUGAUAUAAACAUAACAAGCAUUCAAGACACACCUGCAGAAACAUUGUCUGUUUUCAUAUCAAAAAUGUUCCAGAACAUUGUUUUCUUGUAUUUCAGCCCAUAAAGCUUCAGUGGACUGGUAAAGCAUGACACCACAAAGGAGAAAGAAUGCUUUGUCUGCUAAUGAGAGGGCAUGAUUAUGUUUGGGAAGUCUGUGUAAUGACUGGGCAGAGUUAUGUAUAGAAUGUUUAUAACAAACAGUAAGGUUCAUGCAAGAAAAACCUCUGUAAUGCAUGGGUAGAGGUAAGUAUGUAACGUAUAAACAGUUCAACUGUGUUUAGAAUGUUGUUGUUAUUGCUAUAAAAUUGUUUUUUGUCUGUGUGCUCAAUGUAAAUAGCGGGAUAUUUUUAUUUUGUUUUGAGUAUUGGGUUUUAAAAAUACAAUCUUCCCAAGAGGAAGAGAUUUUUCAUACUCUGUUAAUGCAGCAUGUCUGAUUUUAAUAAACUUUAAUUUGAUUUGG